AUGGUCAGUAUUUUCAACGGCACUGAUACAGCUCAUGAACAAACAACAACUGAACUCAAUGGGCAGUUUCUACAUUCACAACUACUGAUCGACUGUCUCGUUCGAAUGAAAUCGAUAGCAACAGACAAAAAUGAACUUGUAUCUUUAUGCAAAGAACAAUAUAAAAAACAUACCGCUGAAUUGAAGAACGUUCACGAAUUUGAACAACACUAUUCAUCCGAUGAAGCCUUGAGAUGGUAUACGAGACCAUCGUUUGCCUAUCGUGUCUUAAAUAAGGCUCUUCGUACGCAAAAUAUUGAAUUGCUUUUUCUUUUUCGGUUCUUCAUUCAUGACAUUGAACGACAACUCGAACAACAUCGAUCUUUAUCACCUCUUCGCAUCUAUCGCGGACAGUUAAUGUCGACUGAUGAAUUGAAGUUACUACAAAAUUCAGUUGGCAAAUUCAUCUCGAUAAAUUCGUUCUUCUCUACGACUGCCAAUCGGGAUGUCGCCCUCUUCUUCCUCGGAGACUCUGCUGCUAAUGAUGAUUUGCAGCGAGUACUAUUCGAGAUCGAUGCUGAUCCUAGUUUUGAUGGCAUCAAACCAUUUGCUAAUAUCACUUCACUCAGCUACUAUCCUGACGAGGAGGAAGUAUUAAUGAUGAUUGGAUCAAUUUUUCGACUGAUCAAUAUUCACUAUGAAGGCGAUCGAAUAUGGAAAGUCCGAAUGAAAUUGUGUAGUGACAAUGAUCAUGACUUGAAACUGAUUAAUGAUUAUAUGAAACAUGAGUAUUUUGGUUUGAAAAAACCUAGCCUAGGUCAAUUGGGCAAUUUACUCAUUGGCAUGGGCAAAUUCGAUGAUGCCGAGAAAUACUAUCGCCGUUUACUCAAAGAACUACCUGAUGAUCAUCAAGACAUUGCGCCCUGCUAUUGUGGACUCGGCAUUGUGGCUUUUAACAAAGGCAAUUAUGAUCUGAGUCUUGAUCGACAUUGCCAAGCACUCAAGAUCUUUCAACGAACAUUGGAAUCGAAUCAUCCACAUCUUGCUGACAGUCACAACUGUAUUGGCUCGUCUUAUCAACGUAAAGGUAAAUACAAACAGGCGCUAAAAUCGUAUAAGAACGCGUUGGUUAUUUAUCAAGAAGCGUUCGGUGAUGAUCAUCAAGAUCUAGCUAUUUGUUUUAGUAACAUGGGGAAUAUCUAUCAUGAGGAGAAAAAAUAUUCGAAAGCACUCACUUGUCAUCAAAAAGCUUUAAAUAUGUGGCAGAAGUAUCUUCCUGCUGAUCAUCCUCAUUUGGGUUCUACACACAAUAACCUCGCCAAUGUUCAUUAUUCUCUGGGGCAAUAUAACUAUGCCUUGCAACAUUAUAAUCGUUCACUCGAAAUCAAAUCAAAGUCUCUUCCUUCUCAGCAUCCCUCGAUUGCAAGUACAUUUAAGAAUAUUAGUGACGUAUAUGAACAUAUUGGCGAGUUGCAACAAGCACUGUCGUAUCUCAAACAAGCAGCCGCAAUUUAUGGUCACACAUUGCCAUCCAAUCAUCCGUAUGCUAUUGGCAUUAAGAAGGAUAUCCAACGUGUGGCUUCUCAACGACAUUCAAGAAGAUAA